AUGAAGCUUUUUGCUUCAGCUGUUUUCGCAGCGAAUGGUGUUUUUGCGGGAAGAUAUCAAGGAAAGAGUCUACAAAAUCGCGGAAUCGCGACGAUGACCUUGGAUGAGAAAACUUCAAAGCUCUGGAAUAAUGGAGCGAUGAGUACGACCAUUGGGCGGAUUUUGAACUCGCCGUUUGAUGAAAUUUUCCCACUGGACUUUAUUCAGCCGCAUAAUGGUCCGCAAUUUAUUCCAGGAGAAACGAUCAAGUUUCUUUACAAUCUCAACUUCUCCGAUCGACUCUAUUCGAUGAAAAAAUUCUCCUACGACAUCGAAUCAUAUAACGGCAAUUCUACUCAAUUCCUCGAAGACCAGCUUGGUGCAGAAAACGUCCACUUCGAUCAGAAUCUCGACGCUCUUUUGAAUGAUAGCUUUGAUGGGGUGAGAGCGAGUAGACUCGGUGGGAGUCGAAAUUUUAACGUUUAUCACGACUUGUCGAGUAUUGAAGCUUGGUUGUUGGGAGAUGUCAAUGCUCACGAACAUGCAACUGUCUCGUCGAUUGGAAAGACGCACGAAAACCGCGAUAUCUGGGUGGUGAACAUCUCCAACCCUCCCUCAAAUCUCUCCCCGGACUCUUCUCUCCCUACAAUCGUUGUUGAUUGCGGAAUUCACGCGCGCGAGUGGGUCUCGCCCGCUUUUUGCCAGCACUUUAUCAACGAGCUCUUGGACAGUUCUGGAAGCGCGCAAUCUUGGAAAAACACCGUCAACUGGGUCAUCUACCCUCUUUUGAAUCCUGAUGGCUAUGCCUUCAGCUGGUCAGGUGAUCGAAUGUGGAGGAAGAACAGAAGAGUGAAUAGUGGAUCAUCCUGCGUCGGAGUCGAUCUGAAUCGAAAUUACAACGCGAAAUGGAAUACCUUUGGCUCAUCAAGCAAUCCUUGUCACCAGACCUACCAUGGUGUUUCAGCCUUUUCGGAGCCAGAAUCCUCUGCUCAUCGAAAUCACAUGGCAACGAUUGAAAAUAAGCAAGCCUAUUUGACGUUUCAUUCGUUCUCCGAAGUCAUCAUUUAUCCCUAUUCGACGAUUCACUCCGAUGAAGCGGAUAAUCGAGCAGAAUUGAACUCAAUUCUGGAAAGAAAAGGCGAAGGAGCUGAAAUCUUCGGCCUAGCAGCUGGUGGCUCAGACGAUUGGGCUCACAUGAGCGGAAUCCCAAUUUCGUACACUAUCGAGCUUCGAGAUACAGGAAGCUUUGGCUUUCUCCUUCCGGAAAGUCAGAUCCAGCCAACUUGCGAGGAAAAUAUGAAAGGAGUUGAAGCAGUCUUCGACCACGUUAAACCGUUGAAUACCUGCUCAAGUUGCUCUGGAAACUGCUGGUUUCACAAAAACACGAGGCUAUUCAAAUGCUUCGCGCCAACAGAAUCUCCCCCCUUGGAAUCUCCGCCAGAAAGUCUCCAGAACCUCGACAUCGCGAAAAUUCCCAACUACGAAAAUCUCCUCCAAGAACUGGCGAAGUUGCAUGAAAAGUGCGCCGCCAGUGCUUCGCUAGAAAAGCAGAAACCGGUAAGUCUGUUGCAGAAAGCGGACGGUCCAAUUAGCGAUCAGUGA